GAAAAAAAAAGAACACAUCAAAACAAAAUAAUCCCAUCUCAAAUCUCAGAUAAAACCACCAGUUUCUCAAAUCACAGAGAUUCAAAAUUUUCCAGAGUAUCUAUCAACCAUCAAUGGCGAAUUCAUGGAAGAAGAAAACCAGUAGAAGCUUAAUAACGCAUAAAGCAUGGAGUCUUGUGAGGAUGGCUCUUCUAUGGGCACGAAAAGGUGGAGUUUUCAAAAGAUGGCCUUUGCUUGAACUACGUAACUUGUUCUCCAAGCAUCUCAAAGCCCUAGCUCAUCAUAACAACAGUGACCGUUAUCUUUCCCGUUACGGAGAACGUGAGCUUUCGUUUGAUGAAACACCGUUGUUUAACGUCAAGAAGAAGACGCAUCGUCCUACGUCUAUGAGGUUCCUCCUUCCCUGCAUUGGUAAUCCUAUUGAAUUUGAUUAUGAGUUUGGUAUGGACGGACAAGAUUAUUCAGAUGAGGUGAGAUCGUACGGCUACGAUGAGUCUAGUGUGGAAGAGUGUGAUCGUACGGAUAAGGAUGAUGAGGAAGAAGAAGAGAAGGGGGUUGAUGUGAGAGCAGAGGAGUUCAUUGCUAAGUUCUAUGAGCAGAUUAAGUUGCAGAGGCAAAUCUCUUGUAUGAAAUACAGAGAAUAAGGAUAAUUAUUUAUGGAUUAUUUUUUUUAAUUUUGAUGGAUGAUGCUUAUUAUUUAUUUAUUUAUAUGUAUGAUUGCAAGUUGUUUUUUUUUUUUUGUCAACUAACUUGUUUUUUUUUGUAGAUACUUGAAAGUCCGAGAAUUUUCAUAGAUGUUUC